CUGCAUGUACAUUAAAAAAUGCAUCUCAGUGGAUCACAUGGGCAACAAGACAUGCCCAAGAUUCUGACGAAAGUCCAGCAGAGCUUUGGACUGCAGAUUCUUUGAACCAGCGUGAAUCACAAAUGUGUGACAUCGGCACUUUCUCCGCCAUGCCGGGUGUGGGUCUACGCACUGUUGGCGUCACAAGGAAAAGAUUUAUCGUUGCGUGAUAUCGAGGUCUUAACUUACCUGGAGAAGAGUUGCCUGUGACGGACCAUUAUCGACAGCAAGCAAGAAUGGGACAGUUUUAAAAUCUUGUAGCCUUUGCUGUCUUCGCCCGAUGCAGUAGAAUGCGCGGUGACAGUGAUACCACCGAAUAUCAGCACUUUUAGCACUUCUCCAGCAUUCGUUGUCCUUCAAUUUUCUGUGAAUGCAGGCGUCGUUGUACGAGAAGCUGCCGUUCGCAUACGCUUGGAAGGCGUGUUGAAUGGCAUGCUGGAGUGACGUCUGCUCAGCCGGAUGCCGCUGGAAGAAAUGUCCAUCGUCCCAGGCCCGAGUCAGAACCAUGUCUGUCCACUUUCCUUUCCUUCUGAAGAUCAUGACACCUGCGACGGAAGGCAGAGAAAGGCAAAGGCGGGUCAUAUGGACAAAUGAAAGGCGGUACCGGUAUUCAGCCAUGAGUCCUUCUGCACAAUGAGUUGAACAUUAGAGAGCACCUGAGGUUCCCGGGCGAUUAAGUCACUGUAAGCGGUGUAGAGUCGAGGCGAAAAGAAGUCUGUGACAAGAAGAUUGUAAUCUUUGACAAAGGCGUCACUAUCCAUCCACAGCACAGUGGAAUACGCCUUCAGUAGACGGCGAAUAAGCAAUAUCUGAAAAAGAAGUGUGUGGAACGUAUGAAGGCACAAGAAUUCAAAGGCUACCUUUACAUAGUACACCGAUCUCCCUUCCAGGUUGGAGUGACUGCUAUCUUGGACAAAUAGAGGAAUAUUUCGUAGGUGAGCAUAAAGUGCGAUAUUAAAGAUGCAGUCGAGACAUGCCAGGUUGAUCAAAGUGGCAUUUUUGGCGCCAAAUAGAAACUGCACAUAUACAGACACCCACACACUCGCCCGUCGGAUUCCCUCUUGCACUAUGGUUCAUUCUGUAUGUUACGUUCCAGGCCGUGGCCAUGACCACAGACGGCGACUCUGUUAUUGCCUCAAUUUUCGCCCCUCGGCGACUCAAUGUUCGCAAUGCCAGUGCCAGCGUAUCGCCCUCGAAAUAGACUCUGUAGGUCUCGCAAGGCUCCUGUCUUGUCUUGAUAUGAGAGGUGACAUGAAUGUCCGCAGCGAGAUCUGUCUCAUUCCCUCGCAGCCUGCAAAUGAGGGGGCACGGGUCGUCUAGUUGCUGUUGAGUCUUCGGAGGAAGAGGAAACGAGUCGAACGGGAAGAAGAGGAGACGAAUCAUAGAAGAAGAACGGCUGCGACGAUGACGAGACUCCACCAGAGUGUGUGCACGGGAUUAACGGAAAGCGCGUCAGCACGAGGAGUCCGUCAAGAAUGCAAACUAAAAACUAGCUAGCUGUCCCUUCCAUUCAAUCACUGCAAGCAUGCCAAAUGUAACCCUCUGCCCGACCACCCACCGAGUCCGUCAUAGAUCAUCAACCCUUGACAUAUAGAGUGCACAUAAGUGAUGCCCCUGGGGAAGUGGCCGUCAACCAGAUGUUCAAACGACGACGCACAAAGGGACUCCACCAGACCAUCUUCAUUUUGUUUCUUCCCUGAACGCUGAAUGUGAAAUAGUUCAGAGACCUCGAGUCUGAACCCCAUCUCAAAUGGCAACGGCCCAUCCACGGCUGACCGACGAGGCCCUCUGUACUGAGGAAUUUACAUUGACAGUGCAAAUUCGCAGGGGCCGUUGUCCGCGGAACCCAAUGCGGCGGCGUGACUGCCCGACGAAUGCAAACAAGUACAAGCGAUGCAGCUGCAGAAACACGUACUUCUAGCGUUCUUCUGACAGAAUUGCGCAGGAGUCGGCGAGUCGCCCCCCAUGUCGGCCAUCUCGGUGAUGCAUGAUCUGAUUGCCCAGAUGCUGAAAUAUCUCUUCCAAUGCAGGCAUGCUGUUCCAGCCUGCCGGCACAUCAGCGUUCAGCCGGGUGCCGAAAAGAAGUGAUCUUCCGGCAAUGUCCGUGCACUUUCCCUUCUAACGAUCACAACGCCUGCCAGGACAACAGAAGGGAAGCGGCUCAUUGACAACAGAAAGGCCAUGCCCUUCUGAACUUUCCCGCGUAACUCAAUCAGGAUUGGUGCACAGCAGAGGAGCUCGAAAUUCUUGAUCUAUCUCGAGCAUGGCUCAG